AUGCCUGUACAGUCACGUGCUGCUUUGAUUCUGAUAUCUGUGAUCAAUUUGGUCAGCUCUGAAUUGUUUCAAAUGUCACAUUUCCCUUAUUGGCUGUCAAUGGAUACAAAUUCUCCAGCAGGGCUUGAAAGCCACACGUCAGUGUCCGUAAUGCAAUGUGCUUUUAUAUGUUUAAAGAGAGAAAGGUGCAUAGUUACAAUGUUUAACAAGACAAACAACAAGUGCUCUCUGUUGUGGAAAUAUCCAUCUGGACUGCAGCAUAAGGACCUGGAGGAAAGCAAUGGCCCAACGGAUGUCGUCAUUUCACUUUUAUUGAAUCCAUGCUCUGCGAAGCCAUGCUUGGGGGAAGGAGAGUGCAUCGGAAAAGAACAUUCUCUGGAAUUCAAGUGCAAAUGCAGGUACAAUCUGACAGGGCAAUUUUGUGAAAAUGAAGUGACUGGAGACAGCUGUUUGCACAUCCACGCAGUGUAUAAUACAAACUUCUCAGGCACCUACAAGCUUCAGGCUGCUGAAGGAAAUGGCGAGCUGACCCAAGCCUACUGUGACAUGAACAAAAUCGACUCAUCAGAGCGGAGCUGUUAUGCGAUAAAGAUGAAAUAUCCGACUGCAAAAUCUGGUUUAUAUAAGAUUUACUCCUCUACCACGAUGACUGCUAAAAUGACGGUUUAUUGUGAUAUGGAUACGGACAAAGGUGGCUGGACUCAGGUUAUGCGAAUCAAAUCCAAUACGAGUGAUUUUAGCUCUUUUGAGAGCAGUGCACCGCGCACUGUUGGAGGGAUUUCAAGCAGCUGCCUGGAUGGUUUCGAGCCAGCUGGCAACUACUACCUCAACCACUUUGGCAUGUAUUAUAUCCACAGUGUCACUGAUAGCCAAGAAAUAAGGUUCUAUUGCAGAUCUAAGCAAUUAAACACAUCUUUCCACAUCAAAACACUUCGAGGAUCCAAAAAUGGAACAAUUAUCGCCCAAAGAUAUUCGAUGGUUAACAAUCCGUUGGUCGAUGUGUGUGGGGCAUUCACAUCACUUUCUGGUGACUCAUCCAAUUUUAUUGAAAAAUGCACAGAACUCAUCACUGCCACAACCAUUUAUUCUCCAUUUUACUUCAACGGAUAUGCUGCCUUCUGGAAUACGGCCUACCCAAAGUUUGCUUGUUUUGACAAAGUGGGUUUAUCUGAUUCUGUAAUGUUUAUGCCUAAAAAUGUCAUAUUUGAUGGAGAUUUAUGGGAAGUUUAUAUUCGUUGAAAUGUAAAAAGAAAGAUUGUGAUUCAAUUCUUAGACUCCGUGCUUGAUGUAACUGGGUGAUCGAGAAGAGGUUUCUUGUUUAUGUUAUCUCUUUAGUUAUUCAACAAUUUCCAACUGUUAAACACAACAACGCUAGUUUUGGUUGAGAACACACUAGAGGAAGAAUAAUGAUUUGGCACUUUUACUGAAAGUUGGUACUGUAUGCACUCAGGGACGCCUGCACAAGAUUAGGGCAGGAGGGGCAGUGUUGGUGCCAAAGGCAAAUCGUUGAAUUUUUCUAUUAAUAUAAUCGAGCAUUCCUAGGUGGGAGGGGGGCGAGGGUAGGGUAACAAAAUAAAAUAUUAACUUGAAUAUGUGCCACCCAUACAGCUGGGUUUUUUACCAUCAAAGAUUCUAAACAUAAAGAAAAUGUUGACGAAAUUGUCAAUAUAUGAAAAUGGUUAUUAAAUGGCCUUGUCACUCACUAUUCACAAUACUUGGUUUUAUAAAAAUCGUGGCUGUUAUAAAUGGGCUGGUUGUAAAAUUUUAAUUGCCCGCCAAGUUUUUAUACCGAUUUAUCCUCCUUAGGUUCCUGGAGUACUUCUGAGGGUACACAUCUUUUGUUUAUCAUUUAUUAUCUUUGCCGCUCGAGGGUACACAUCUUUUGUUUAUCAUUUAUUAUCUUUGCCGCUCUCUCUCUUGUGGCCGACCUUGUCACAGACAAUCUUUUCAUUCUCUGCUUUUUUGUGCUGGUAUCAUCAUAUUUCUGGUAUUUUCUAAUAGAUAUUAACAUAACGAGAGUAGUCAAAGUGGUCAUCAUAUUCCAGGGCACUUCUUGCCCCCUCUGCCCCUCUUCGAAGAGGGCAAGAGGGGCAGCUGCCCCUCCAGCCCCCCUUGUGUAGGCGCCCCUGUAUGCACUUACGUGUUGGAUACGU